ACGCCCAUUCAGGAAGAUGCAGCCACAAGGCGGAAACCCUCCUCCAGUCCAGUAAAGCAAGCGUUGUGAGUCACUGCCACUGUGGCCCACACCUUCGUUUUCCUUUCUUCUCCCUCCCCACCACUCAACUCUACUACACCGCCGAGCCCCAGAUCCACACCGCCCGCCAGCUUCGUCGGAUUCAGAGACCAUCCCGCCCACUAGGGCUAGGGCUAGGCCACCAUGUUCGGCCUUCAGGCGAGCGGCGCGGCGGCGUCGUGGAUGGUGGGCCGGAUGGGCACCGACGCGCACCUCUACGACGACCCCGACGACGCCUCCAUCCCCGCCCUCCUCGAUUCCCGCUUCGACGCCGACAAGGUGAACGCCCUCAAGCGCCUCCUCGCCCACAUCGCCCAGGGCGUCGACGUCUCCCACCUCUUCCCCCAGGUGGUCAAGAAUGUUGCGUCGCAGUCGCUGGAGGUGAAGAAGCUCGUCUACCUCUACCUCCUCCACUACGCCGACAAGCGCCAAAAUGAAGCCCUUCUUUCUAUUAACAUUUUCCAGAAGGAUUUAUCAGAUAUAAACCCAUUAGUUAGGGCUUGGGCCCUACGCACUAUGGCCGGUAUUAGACUACAUGUUGUUGCCCCACUUGUACUGGUGGCUAUAAAGAAAUGUGCCAGAGAUCCGUCGGCAUAUGUUAGAAAAUGUGCUGCAUAUGCACUCUGUAAGCUGUGUGACUUGCUUCCAGACGAAAGGACGCCUCUGGAGGAGAUUGUUGAUGUUCUGUUUGGUGACAAUUCCCCUGGAGUAGUGGGAGCUGCUGCUGUUGCAUUUAAGUCAGUUUGUCCAAGCAGUUUAGUGUUAAUAGCGAAACAUUUCCGGAGGCUAUGUGAGACAUUGCCUGAUAUUGAAGAAUGGACUCAGGUUAUUCUAAUUGAGAUCCUCUUGCGAUAUGUAAUAGCUAGACACGGAUUGGUGAAAGACUCUACACUUUUUCCUUCAAAUUUAUCGAUGGAGAUACAGGGCAUUAGGGAUUCAGGUCCUGUCGACAGCAUGUCCACCCAACUCGAUACUAUUGGCAAGGAGGUUUGUGGUACUAUAUCAAACAUCACGCUGUUUCGACAUUACAUCGAAGAAUAUUCAGGUUUUCUUGGUAGAGAAGACAGUAAUUUGAGCUUCUCAUGUGUCACAACCAAUAACAAUGAUGAUGUCGCAAUUCUUUUGAAAUGUACGUCACCUCUUCUAUGGAGUCGAAAUACUGGAAUCAUACUUGCAGCAGCAAGUGUGCAUUGGAUCAUGGCUCCUGUAGAGGAAUUGAAGAGAAUUGUUGGCCCAAUUUUGUUUACUCUACGGUCAUCUCAUGAUGCAGCAUAUGUGAUGCUUGGCAACAUACUAGUUUUCGCCAAGACAAUGCCAUCAUUGUUUGCCCCGUUCUAUGAAGACUUCUUUAUAAACGCUUCAGACUCAUACCAGACUAGGGCUUUGAAGCUUGAAAUACUGACCACUAUCGCCACAGAGCCAUCUCUUCCAGCCAUUUUUGAAGAAUUUCAGGAUUAUAUUAAAGAUCCAGACAGGAAAUUUGUGGCAGAUACUAUUGCUGCUAUCGCAUUGUGCGCCCAGAAGCUUCCCUCUAUUGCUUCCAUUUGCCUUGAAGGACUUUUGGCACUUGUAUUUUAUGAAUCAUCUUUUAGUGAUUCGGUUCACUUUGAUGGAGAAGAUGCUGUUUUGGUUCAUGCAAUCUUGUCGAUCAAAGCAAUAGUGAAAAUGGAUCCAGUAUCCCAUGAAAAGGUGAUUAUACGCUUGGUUCGCAGUCUGGAAAAAAUUAAGGAGCCCACGGCACGAUCCUUGAUUAUUUGGAUGUUUGGAGAGUAUAGCUCCACAGGAGAUCUCAUUCCAAAGAUGGUUCCUGCUGUCCUCAAGUAUCUUGCGUGGUCAUUUGCUGCUGAUGUCGUUGAAACAAAGCUUCAAAUCCUAAAUGCUUCUGCCAAGGUUAUAAUACAUUCUCCAGAAAAACACAUGGAAGAAUUCAAAAGGAUAGUUGCAUAUGUCAUUGAGUUGGCUACAUGUGACUUGAGUUAUGAUGUCCGUGACCGUGCUCGUUUACUAUCAAGACUUUUGCCAUGCUACACAACUCAUCUAGGAUCCUCAUGUCAACCACAGAAUGGUGAUAUCUGUAAAGAGCUAGCUGAUCAUAUAUUUGACAGGAAAUUUCAGCCAACAUCUCAUUCAGCAAGGAACUAUCGCAUAUAUCUUCCAGGUUCCCUUUCACAGGUUGUUCUUCAUGCUGCUCCUGGUUAUGCACCACUUCCAAAGCCUCAAAGUAUGGAAUUAAUUCAUGGGACCAAGGAACCAACCAGAGACAUAGCUGAUUCUUCCAGAAGUAAUAAUUCUGACGCUGAAUCUGGAUCUUCCACAUAUGAGAGCAGCUCUGUUUAUGAUUCAGAGAGUGAAGUUGCUAGUUUAUCUGACAGGGAUGCUGUUGGAUCUAACAAUUCAAAUGAGGAUGACCAUAACCUUCAGCGUCGAGAAGGUAAUCAGGAUGCUCCACUGGUACAUAUAUAUGAUGCUAGUGUAGAGCAAGGCCAGACAAGUCAGAAUGCUGAGGAAAAUUUGGCAGCUCUGAUCUCUACUGAUUUGACUGAGUUGAUGUCUAAGUCUGCCCUGGAAUCAUGGCUUCAUGAGGCUCCUGCCGAGCCACUUGUUCAGGAUUCUACACGGACAUCAUUUGCCAGAGUUUCUUUUACCGAUCGCAGCUUUGAGCGAAAACCUAAAUUGCAUGUACUGUUAGACUCAUCUGAUAGUAAUGGCUUAAGUGUUCUAUAUGCCUUUUCAUCUGAGGUUUCGCGCAGAUCACGCUUGCUAUUAUGCAUGGACUUGUACUUUGAGAAUGUUACAACACACCAGUUAAAAGAUAUAACCAUUAAAUCUGAAGAGGCUUCUAGUAGUGAGGAUGGUGUAGACCAAACAUCAGAAGGAUCUGCAAGCUGCAGCAUCCCUACUAUUGUUCCUGCGGAAGAGAUACACUUGCUGGCUCCGCAACAGAUGGUAAAGAUGGUUCUUCAGGUUCACUUCCAUCACCAUCUCUUGCCCUUAAAGCUCUUCGUCCUUUGCAAUGGGAAAAGGCACCCAGCAAAACUUUACCCAGACAUUGCUUAUUUUGUACGGCCACUACCCAUGGACCUAAAUGCUUUCCUAUGCAAGGAAAACCAGUUGAGGGGCAUGUUUGAGUAUGCUAGGAGGUGCACCUUCAAAGAUCAUCUUCAGAAGCUAGAGCACACCGAGGGUGCAGAGCACACUGAUAAGAACCUUCUGUUAGCCCAGAGUCUUGCAUCAAAAAUACUAAGCAACACCAAUGUUCACCUUGUUUCAAUGGAUAUGCCAGUAACCUUCAGCGUCGAUGACGCCUCGGGCUUAUGCUGGAGAUUUAGCAGUGAAAUCCAAAGCACUUCGAAUCCAUGCCUAAUUACCAUUGUCGCGGAAGGGCAUAUAUCAGGACCACUGGAUCUCACUGCUAAGGUGAAUUGUGAAGAUACGUCGUUUGCCCUAAACCUCCUGAACAGAGUUGUGGCAAUCAUAGAGUGAGGCGUCAAUUUUUAGCCUCUUGUAAAUGUUGUACAUUAUUUGCCAAUGCCGAGGGUGCAGAGUAGCACAGCGAAUCCUGUGUGGUGAGAGUUCAUAGCCGACGUUUAUUUGUUAUUUGAAGUAUAGGAAUGUAUCACAACAAGCAUGGCAUUUGCGAAUUACUAUUCAUGAUAUCCAAUGGAUAAGGCAGAUUUUACA